GCACAAAGCACGAAAAUCACUAGGUCGAACAGCGUUGAACAAUAUUAUUUCACCGUCCAUUGCCGCACCUCCAUCAGACACUGGAUGCUGAGCUCGUAUCGAGAUAGUUAAUUGGGCUAAUCACUCGCCCAUAUCUAGAUGGUGUUGGGAUGUAAGUCGGCAAGCACAUUGCUAUGCCUUGUGCAGUACAGCUGGAGUACCGAGAAAGCUGCUUCAGCAAAGGUGGAACUCAGUGCGAGUUGUUCAUCGAGCGAUUCCAGAAUCUCGAUCAGCCGACGCUGAACCAGGAGAAAACGGCUACUACAGCCGGUCAGACCUUGCGAGAUUCUCGUUGCGCUCAACAAGGACUUGUUGUCGCCUCGAGGGCCUUCAAACGAACUUGCCUGGAAGAAUUCCCCGAUGAGCUCCUCAUCGCGAUUGCUCACCAGAGACUCCCCCGUCGAUUGCAUCGCAUCACGGUUAGCUUAUCAAAGUAUGAUGCACCUGAAAGGGUGAGGACAGAUGCCUUGACCACGAAUCGUUUUACACCGUAAUUUAUACCGUAUUUCGGCGCCGACGUGCGCUUGUAUGCAGUACUACCGGCGGGCAUACUUCGAGCCGAAGGCAAGAAGAUAAGCGGGCGCAACGCGUAGGAGCAAACCAUCGACCAGAAGAGCUUGGAUGCGUGUAAGUUCAAGAGGACGAGCAGAAAGGUAAGAAAGUGGAUCUGCU